AUGUCAUCUGUUUCUUCAUUUUUCAACUUUCUUCUUGCCUUAUUAGUUACUGUCUGUUCUGAAAACGAAUGGCAUAUUGGUGUGAUAUACGAUGAUGUAUUCGAUCAAGUAAAUUAUAAUCUAACUGAUUUGUUCCUGGCACUGGAACCAACUCUUGAACACUAUGCUGAUAUUUCUACAAGAAAUUCUACUUUACCUACAUCCCAAAAAUUCAAAUUUACUAUUGAGAAGUUUUUUAUUAACCAAUUGUGCAGCCUCAUAAGCCAGGGUGUACAUUUAGUUCUCAGUUUGACAGCAUGUUCAACAGCUGAAUAUUUGGAAAGUGAGGCAUAUCGUUAUCACCUACUUCAUGUUGCCAUACCAAGACCUGCAUGCGAAGAGAAACAGACAACAAAGGUUACAGAAACAACAACUAUAUGGAUUCAAACAGAUCCUUUUCGGAUGGCCAAGGCUUUUUUGGAGAUCAGUGAAAUGGAACGAGCUUCACAUGCACUUAUCUUAGCCGAUGGACUUACUGCUAUUAUCCCAGAGAUAUAUGACCUCACAUUGCGGAGGAAAAUUGAAAAUAAGAGAUUCUACACUGAUUUCUCAACGCAAUUAUUUUCAUCAAACAAAUGUAUAAAUUCAUUCAGCUCGUUUAGUGAAAUAACAUUAGAUCAGCUUAUUGAAACAUUGAUGGAUAAUAGACCAAAGAUUACCAUCACAAAAUCGUAUUUAACGCAUAUAUUCCUGAUUCAUACAAAACCUUAUCAUUUAGAUUAUUUUAGAAAAGUUUUUGAGAAAUCUAACAUUACAAAGGACUACUAUUGGAUUUUUGAUGAAAUUCCUGAUGUGCCUAUUAGAGAUCUAUUAAAUCUUAUUGAUUCAUCAAGUGUUACUAAAAUGAAAGUGGGAUUUUUUCGACAGUUUCCUGUGUUAAAUUUUGACGAUCUGUCAAGACAUGAAUUGCAAAAGGGCACUCAGUUAUUGAUUAAAUCUGCAUUGCAUGGAGAAACGCAUAGUUUGCCUGUAAGAUUUUGUUUUUUAGUUAUUUUUGAUGUUAAGAGGUCUGGGACUAAUGUCUGGAAAUCUUUAUGGUUUUACUCACUCGAAACGUUUGAUGAUGCAAUCAAAAAUUUUAUAUCCACUGCUCAUUAUACUCCUGAUGACAAUAUGAAACUUACAAGUAAAGGAAUGAAAAUUAAGCAAAGAAGCUUGGAAAGUGGUCUAUUUUCAACUGUCUUUCAGUCAUUUAAUAACAAAAUUCUUCGAAUAUCAACAAUUCUCGAUCCUCCAUUUGUUGUCACUGGUCAAGUAAUUGAAAACGGAGAAAUAAUCAACGCUUCAGGAUUUGCAAUUGAUAUACUAAAUGAAUUGGCUAUGCAUUUCAAUUUUAGAUAUCGCCUUUUCUUACCACAGAACGGUACGUAUGGCUCACUGGAUGAAAAAGGAGAUUGGGAUGGCAUGAUGGGUGAAUUGGUAAAUGGACGAGUUGAUAUGAUAGCUGCUGGUUUGACAAUCAAUCCAAGAAGAUCGAAUUAUGUGGAAUUUAUUGGUCCGAUUGUUGAAGAUACAGUUGGAAUACUUGUAAAACCAUCAACAGCAAAUUAUCUUUUCUUUCAAAUGUUUCAUCUAUUUCAAAUUAAUGUUUGGAUAGCAAUUACUAGUUCAGUGGUUAUUCUUGGAACAACAGUUUGGUUAUUCAAUAGGUAUAGUCCAUUCAGUGGAUGGAAUUUACAACUUCCAGAAGCUAACUCAAAUGAGGUAUCUCUUUCCUACAAUAUAUGGAUUUCACUACGUUGUAUGCUUCUACAAGGACAAGAAGGCAGAUUAUUCUGUUUUUCGUCACGCACUUUGUGCUUAAUGUAUUGGUUUAUGAUUUUAGUUGUACACGCUAUAUGGCAGGCUGAUUUAACAGCAUUUCUAACAAAAAACAAUCUUGAGCUUCCAAUUAGUUCGUUAAAGGACUUGGCACACAAUGAUAAGAUUAUAGUAUUAACUAUGAAAGGAACUAGUACUUACAAUAUGUUUCAGGUCUCAGUAAAUAAUACAUUUUAUGAAUCCAUAUAUAGAAAGCUGGUUGCAAAUCCUGUUAGUGUAUAUAGUACAGACGAAGCAGUGAAGCUGGUGAUAAAGUUCAAUAAUUAUGUCUAUAUAACUGAAAGAUUAUUUCUUAUGAGUGUACUGCAAUCAGAGGAAUGUUCAAAUCUGGAAGUGAUAGAAGAGCCUGGGAUUGUAGCUGCUCUUGGAUUCGCUGUGCAACUUGGAAAAGAGUAUGCAAAACCUAUGUCAUCUUAGUACGUCUAAUAAAUAUAGAUCAGUUAAUUAUAUAUGAAUAGUGUACUUGAUUUUCAUUGUUACGAUAUGCCAG